AUGAAGAACAUCAAAGCUAAAAUAACAUUGAAGCCUGGAUACAAACCCAAGUUUUGCCAGCCCAGAGUCGUUCUGUAUGCUCUUCGUCCAAAAGUCGAAGCAGAGCUGAACCGUCUCACUGAAAUUGGAGUAUUGACUCCGAUACAGUACAGCGAAUGGGCCACGCCAAUAGUCCCUGUUGUAAAGAAAAAUGGAGAUGUGCGCAUCUGUGGUGACUUUAAGGUGACGGUAAACCCUGUCUUACACAUUGAACACUAUCCAUUACCGCGCAUUGAGGACCUGUUUGCUUCAUUAGCGGGAGGACAAUGUUUCAGCAAGUUGGACUUGUCACAUGCUUACCUCCAAAUGUCGGUCGAGGAGGAGUCCAGGAAGUUCCUCACAAUUUCCACACAGAAAGGGCUUUUUCAGUACAAUCGCCUUCCAUUCGGAAUCGCUUCGGCGCCAGCCAUAUUCCAGAGAGCUAUAGACCAAGUAUUACAAGGUCUGCCUAAUGUCCAUUGUUACCUUGAUGACAUUCUGGUUACUGGGCGGACUGAAGCUGAACACCUGGAAAACCUGGAGGCAGUCCUUGGACGACUGGAACAGUUUGGCUUGCAUGCUGAAAAAGGGAAAUGUGACUUCUUCAAGGACUCACUGGAAUACCUGGGUCACAUAAUUGAUGCGGAAGGUUUGCACAAGUCACCUAAAAAAGUGAGUGCAAUUGUCAAUGCGCCAAUUCCAUCAAACAUCACACAGCUGAGAUCAUUUCUCGGCCUGUUAAACUAUUACGGGAGAUUCAUACCCCAUCUGGCAAACAUAGCGAAUCCUCUGAACGCCCUGCUGUGUAAAGGGAAACGCUGGCAGUGGUCUGCAGAGUGUGAUGCUGCAUUCAAAAAGGCAAAAGAACAACUGGUGUUACAAAAUGUCUUGACACACUAUGACCCUCAGAACGCCAUUCGGCUUGCAUGCGACGCAUCACCUUAUGGUAUUGGUGCCGUCAUUUCCCACAUGCUACCCAGCGGUGAAGAAAAGCCAAUAGCCUUCGUGUCGCGCACACUUAGCAAGGCAGAACAGAAUUAUGCACAGAUUGAGCGUGAGGUUCUGGCCAUAGUGUUUGGGGUCAGAAAAUUCCACCAGUAUCUCUACGGACGGAAAUUCACGCUUUUCACAGAUCACCGCCCCCUUACUACGAUCUUUGGGCCGAAAAAAGGAAUUCCGUCUAUGGCGGCAGUGCGGAUGCAAAGGUGGGCAUUACUAUUGUCUGCGCACAACUAUACAAUAGAGUACAAAAGAGCUGAGCAUCAUGCAAAUGCUGAUGGUCUUUCCCGUCUGCCGUUACAAGUAGAGCACAGUGAGGAAAAGGAUGCCGUAGAGCUGUUUUACCUUGGACAAAUGGAGAAACUCCCUGUCAGUGCCACUGAUAUCCGACGUGAGACUAUGAGUGAUCCAGCCUUGUAUACAAUCGUAGAAAUGGUCACAAAAGGGACCCCAGCUGUCAACCUGACUGGUAAUAAUGAAGUCUCACCUUUCAUCACCAGACGUAAUGAGCUGUCCGUUCAACACGGGUGCUUAAUGCGAGGCAUGAGAGUCAUUAUUCCCCUCAAGCUGCGGAAAAGAGUACUGGAGGAACUGCACACAGGCCAUCCAGGAAUUGUCCGAAUGAAAGCCAUUGCUCGCAGUUAUGUGUGGUGGCCUGGUAUUGAUGCUGACAUUGAACUGUGUGUAAAAAUGUGUCAGUCAUGUCAACAAAUACAGAAAAUGCCAUCCCAAGCACCCCUCCACCCAUGGGAGUGGCCAAGCAAACCAUGGGAGCACAUACAUGUAGAUUUUGCUGGGCCAUGUGAGGGUCACAUGUACCUAGUCGUGGUUGACGCACAUUCGAAGUGGCCUGAGGUGCAGUUGAUGACAUCAACAACUGCAGAAAGAACAAAUGAAGUUUUGCGGAAUCUCUUCAGCCAUUAUGGACUGCCUGAAGUCCUGGUGAGUGAUAAUGGACCACAAUUUGUCUCUCAGGAGUUUGUAACUUUCCUGAAGGCCAACCAUGUGAAACAUAUCCGUUCUGCCCCAUACCAUCCAGCGACCAAUGGGCAGGCUGAAAGGUUUGUUCAGUCGCUAAAACAAGCACUGAAGACGUCUAAGGGUUCUUCUACACUUCAGAGAUGGCUGGAAACAUUCUUGCUGACGUACCGCAACACACCACAUCCGACGGCAAGAGAGUCCCCUUCCUUGUUAUUUUUGGGACGACAAAUGCGCACACGUUUGGAUGCUUUGAAACCCAGUAUGACAGCUGCCGUGCGACUCUCACAGACUUCCCAGGUCCUCCGCAGAGCUGGCCGUUCCAAGCCAAGACAGUUUGGAGUCGGUGAGGCUGUGCUGGCUCGUGAUUACAGAGGGAGAGAAAGAUGGACAUCAGGUGUGGUGACAGCUCAAAGUGGUCCAGUAUCUUAUACUGUGGAUGUAGGAGCUUCUGAGGAAUGGCGACGCCAUGCUGAUCAACUCUUGUCCAUUCCGAAGCAAACAGCUGAAACUCAGGUGACACAACCACCUGACAUCAGUGAUGUGUCUGUUCCUGUACAGACCUCUGUAGAUGACACUUCUACGGCACCACCAACAAGGGAACAAGAAGGGAACAAGAUGUUAACAGUGACACACCAGGAGAGUCUCUGA